ACUUAAUAUAUGUAUUAAAAUUUGUUAUUAUAAUAUUUCCACAACCAAAUAGCUUUACCAGCCAUGAGUCAAUCAACAACGUCAGAAUUUCUGUUUGGUAGGUCUUCUUCAACAAGUGCAUGCCCCAAAUCCAAAGAAGAAGGAGAAAAGAUGCAAACGAUGGAAGAAGUUUUUCACAUGAACAAAGGAGUGGGUGAAACUAGCUAUGCCAUGAACUCAGAUGUUCAGGACAAUAUUAUCUCAGUGGGAAAAGAAGCAACAAAGAAACGCAUAGUGCAAGCAUUAUGUUCAUCAAAUAAUUGGCCAGUGAGUAUGGCCAUUGCUGACUUGGGUUGCUCCUCUGGACCCAAUGCCUUAAGGGUAAUUUCGGAAAUAACUGAUGCUAUUUAUGCCACGUCACGCUUGUUGGAUCGACCUGCACCUGAAUUGAUGGUUCAUUUGAAUGAUCUCUUUGGCAAUGACUUCAACACCAUAUUUGCAUCAUUGCCAUCUUUCUAUAAGAAGAUGAAGCAACAAAAUAAUACUAAUAAUAAUCAUAACAACAAAAAUAAUAACAAUAAUGGGUCCAAUUGUUUUGUUUGUGGUGUUCCUGGCUCUUUCUAUGGAAGGCUUUUCCCAAGCAAUAGCAUUCACUUUGUGCACUCUUCUUCAAGUCUCCAUUGGCUUUCUCAGGUUCCUGGUGACAUAUUAGAAGGCAGGGCUUUGAACAAGGGGAAGUUAUACAUAUCAAAGAGCAGUCCACAAAGUGUUUUAAAUGCUUAUUCCAUGCAAUUCAAGAAGGAUUUCUUAAAUUUCAUGGAAAUAAGAUCUCAAGAGAUGGUAGCUGGUGGGUGCAUGGUGUUGUCCUUCCUUGGUAGAAACUCAUUGGACCCAGCUGAACCCCAUGCUUGUUAUCAAUGGGAACUCUUGGCACAAGUCCUCAUGGCCAUGGUUUCUGAGGGUCUAGUUGAAGAGGAAAAGGUGGACUCAUUUGAUGCUCCAUACUAUGCUCCAUGCAUGGAGGAAAUAAAAUGGGUGCUUCAAAAGGAAGGAUCAUUCAUAUUAGAAAGCUGUGAAGCCUAUGAAAUUGAUUGGGAUGGUGGAGUUGAAUUCCAUAGUGACUCUUUUAAAGUGCUAUCAUGUGGAGAGAGAGUAUCAAGGACCAUUAGGGCAGUGGUUGAAUCCAUGCUUGAAUCCCAUUUUGGGAGUCACAUAAUGGAUGAACUUUUUCUUAGGUAUAGUGAGCUUGUGGAGCAUCAUUUGUCUAAUAAUAGGACCAAAUACAUCAAUUUGGUCCUUUCACUUGUCAAGAAAGGAUGGUAAGACAUAACAGCACAUAUAUAAUACACUCUUACAAAUCUAAU